AUGUCUUUUAUCUUUACCAAUCCAAUCUUUAAGGCGUUCGUCGACCCCGAACAGAACGACAGCGGAGAGCCUAACGCCCUUCAUCUAAUGAUCGCAAAAGAAUGCUACCGAUUUCAGUCAAAUGUCCUUGGGAUCCCGCCGCGAUUCGGCGUCUUCUCCGACGGUCCUCGCGAGCUGCAAGCGUACGAGGGUUAUCACUUCGUCCUUGUUCUCUACCAGGUCAUCGUCAUAUGGCUCUUCUGCGGAGUACCUCUCUUUGCCCUCACCAACUUCAUCGGACUGUAUCAGGUACAGCUAUGCUCUCUGACGUUCAUGGGCAUCGUUGGUAUCUUCACGCACUACUGGAUCUACAUGAUGCUCGAUCCUCGCCGCAGACCCGAGACCUUCCAUGAGGUUUGGCGGCCGGAGGGAUGGCGAAAGAUACUUUUGGAAACCAAGCUCCAGGAAAGGAUCCAGCACGCGAAAAUACUACGUUCGAAGCUUCGGAAGAACAGUUCUGAGUGGAUGAAGUUGUAUCAGCAGAAACAUGAAUCUGGAAGAGCACAUGAGCAUUUUCAUGAUCUUAUGGAGAGGAUAGCAGUGGAAAGGGGCAUAGAAGCCCUCGUCGCUCGCAAGGAGGCGGAGGCGGAGGCGAAGGCAAAGGCGGCUGCUGCUGCUGCUGCUUCUACUUCAUCAUCAUCAUCGUCGUCGUCGUCGUCGUCGUCUUCAUCUUCAUCUUCAUCAUCAUCUUCAUCAUCUUCAUCUUCUUCAUCAUCAUCAUCUUCUUCUUCUUCUUCUUGA